CCAAAGAUAAGCCAAUCGGAUAGUAAAUAUAAUUGGCGAUUUGCAUAUCACGUGAGCGGUCCAGCAGUUAUAAAUUGUGCAAUUGAUCGUCUGAGUAAUUCGUCUGACAGUCUUGCACAAUUUUUAACCAUGUCAGAACUGUGGAAUAUUUAUUUUGACACAGCACAACCAAAAGAUUACAAGUCGUAUAAAUUGAAAAUGGAUCUUGCUAAUCUGAAAAAGUAUGGUUCGGACGAAAUGAAAACGAGCGCUAGUAAGUUAGACGAAGCUCGCAAGCAAUCGGAAUGUUGGCCCACCUUACGGAAUGGAAUGUCCGUUGUGUCGCCUCUUACAUGCUUUAUCUUCAAUCAUACACCUUGA